AUGAUAUAUACCUGGAAUAUCUAAGAAUUGGAGCUUUAUACUUGUACCUUACUGACUCCAGAAAAGGAAUAAAAGAAGGAAGCUAUUGCUAAAUAAGGAGUGGGUAUAGAUCUUUAAUUGCUCUUGAAUGAUGUCCAAAUGAGUAUAGAGAAAGAUAAGGCAGAAUUAUAAGUGACAAUCUUUCCACCAGGAUGGCAAAUCUCAAAAAGUUUAAUGAGUUGUUCUUUCUAGUCACAAAGGUAAUGUAAUACAGUUCUUCCCCCAGGUAAGCAGUAAAUAGAUAAUAAUUGUUAAAAGAUUGUGAUACAAAGUGCUUUGAAGGAUAGUGCUCACGUCAAGCAUAGUUUGAAGAACGAGAUAUAUAUAGACUCUAAUGUGAACGAGAAAAGCUUGUAAUUGGGAACAUAUCAGUUCCCAUUCAAAAAUUUUGAUGACUCUUUUAGAUUACUGUUUAACCAUAAUUAAGAAAUUUCAAAGAAUAUAUCGAUUCUCGUAAAAGAAGGAACAAGCAAUACUAUGUAUUCAUAAUCAAUGCCAUUACUAAUACUUAGUUUGAAUAUAACUUUAAGAUCCUAUAAAUAAUAUGAUAACUAAAGCUUUUCAAACUUAGCACAAAUAUAAAAGCCAGUUAUAAAUAUCUAUGAAGACUAAUUUGAUUACAAUAGAGAAAGUUUUGGAUUUAAUCCAACUAUUAAAAUAGAUGGCAAUGUAAUAGGCUACAAAAUUGAUGAAAUGUUUGACCUUGGAUUAAUGAAUUAAGAAGAAUUAACAGAAAGCAAGUACAAAUUUCACGUUUACAGGUCAAAUUUCUAGAUAGAGGAUAUGAUAUUCAUUUAAGAAAAUUAACAGGUAUAUGCUUUUGAAGACAGCUUGGUUAAAAGUAAUUCAAAUGCCUUCAGAUGGGUCAUUAUGCAAUGA